AUGGAUUUACAGCCGAACAAAUGGAUAUUGUGUCUGUUUAUUUGCUCUUUCGUCACCGGGAUCUGCUGUAAUUCGAUGGAGAAGAAGAUCUACUUGAAUCUGAACUACACCGUGGCCUGUGUGCGGCUGCUCAACGCCACGCACCAGAUCGGCUGCCAGUCCUCUCUCUCUGGCGAUGUGGGCGUCCUGCACGUUCUGGAGUCGGAGGAGAACCUCGACUGGGUCCUGAACACCGGACACAGCCCUCCUUAUAUGGUCAUCCUGGAGGCGGAGCUCUUCACCAGGUCAAUCUUGAUGAAACUAAAGGACGGUUCUCGCAGAGUUGCAGGUGUCGCUGUGAUUGAGCCAAACACAAACUUACCCGGAGGCUUCUCUCCUCACACCACCUGCCCCAACGAGAACUCAGGCGUGUACACGGAGACCUACGACCCGACCUACGCUCACUGCAACAGGACCAUGUGGAAUCCUUUUGGAAACGGCCUGUCGUACGAGGAGUUCCCCUUCCCCAUCUUCUCUAUGAAAGAAGACAACGACACCCGAGUCAUCCGCCAGUGUUACCAGGACCAUAACCGCGGUGAGAACGGCAGCAUCCCGCAGUAUCCUCUGUGCGCCAUGCAGCUGUCCUCGCACAUGUCCGCGGUCACAGACACGCCCACCUGCAUGCGGAGGAACAGGAUCCAGAACGACUUCAGCAUCAGCCCCGAGAUGGUGUGCGACCCUUUGGGAGGCUCCAACAUUUGGACGUCGACUCGACCGAUCAACAACACGGAGAAAGGUCACAAACCGUCCCAGAGCGUGGUCAUCGCCGCGGCCAGAAUGGACAGUCGGUCCUUCUUCUUUGACUUGGCCCCUGGAGCCCAGAGCAGUGCGUCCGGCCUCAUCGCUCUGUUGGCUGCAGCUCAGGCUCUGAGGAACAUCUCAGACGAGGACCAGCCCAACAGGACCAUCCUCUACGCUUUCUUUGAAGGGGAGACGUUUGAUUACAUCGGCAGCUCCAAGAUGGUCUACGACAUGGAGAACACCAGGUUUGCUUUGGACCUGGACAACGUUCACUCCAUGGUGGAAGUGGGACAGGUGGGAAUCAGACCUCAGGGUUCUCCAAUCUAUCUACAUUCAGAUCCAGUGUCUCGGAAGAACGACAGCGUCAACACAGAGGUGCAGAGUCUGAUAGAGAACCUGAAAGAGGCCUCCAGCAGCUCCAACACCAAUGUGUCUGAGCCAGAGGCCUCCCAGCCCCUCCCCCCCUCCUCCCUCCAGAGGUUCCUCCGAGCUCGGCCCUUCCCUGGAGUCGUACUGCAGGAUCACAGCAGCACCUUCACCAACAGAUACUAUGAAAGUAUGUUUGAUAAUCCUGAGAACCUGAACAUGACGUACCCUCCGGAGCUGACGCCAGAGGAGCAGCUGAGCUUUGUCACAGACACCGCCAAGGCCCUGGCAGACGUGGCUACGCUGGUCGCUCAGACUCUGUUCCUUCAGGCUGGAGGUGACUCUGCUAAAGCUACAUCCAUCACCGCAGACCCACAGACCGUGGCGCGGCUUUUGUACGGGUUUUUGGUGAAGUCGAAUAAUUCCUGGUUUGAACAGAUGAUUCCCUCAGACUUCAAGAGUCGCCUCGUGGACAGACCCACAAACUUCUACACCGGCGUCCACAUGCAGAAGAGCGAACCCUCCUUUUUGGUUGAAUACAUUCUGGCAAAUUUAACCGGGACAGUGGUGAACGUGACCCAGGAGGACUGCAAGGCCCAGAGGGAGAACGAGGACGACAAGGAGAGCCGACAUUUGUACAGUUACAUGUGGGUGCAGGGAGCCCCGGUGGCCAACAGCACAGACACAGACAGUUUGUGUGUCCGGUCCUCGGUGCGUCUGUCUCCUGCCAUCUCUCCGGCCUUCGACCUGGACCUGCUCUCCUCCGCAGACUACUCCACUUGGACCGAGUCUCGCUGGAAGAAGAUCAACGGCCGCAUCUUCCUGGUGGCCAGUCACGAAUUAGAGAUGCUGACGUUGGGGGUGGGCGUGGGGAUCCUGCUCCUCUCUCUCAUCCUCACAUACCUCAUCAGCUCCAAGGCAGAAAUCCUCUUCUGCUCUGGGAGAGAACCCACCAGCGCCACCUACUGA